AUGACUUCCCUGUCCGAAGACGAUCGCAGGACUAUUAAAGACUGUCCCUUGAAUGAUUCUCUCAAACAGUUACGAAAGUCACUCCUGGAAGUGGAAUCUCUUGAUGGGACCGAUGGCUUGCCUGAACUCAUCUACCAGAAGGCAGUGUCACGGCUGCUCUAUACUUUGCUAGGUACGGAAGCAGCUCUUGUUCUUCAGUCGAGGACUAGCAGUCGUGACGUCGCGUCGGAAAUGGUGCGUCUAGUUGAGCGUGUUCGAAACGGCGACUUCAGCUACACCCACUACCGUCCGCUAGUGAAGCUCAUCAUCCAAGAAGCGUCCGACUUCGACAUCUGGAGCGCUGUUCUUGAUCUCAUCAACAAGUCCUCCAGGGAGACCCCGUCAGCAAGUGUUCCCCCCACGUUUGACGGCACACCCAUUACCCAUUCUUCCGCCUCGCAACAAGGUGGUGAACAGACCCGGCGGCUAGUCGAGGCAAGAGUCUUUGAGGAGAUACGGGGCUGCACAUAUCGAAACGUCCAAGGCUUCUUUGAGAAAUACUUUGAGGGAAAGCACUGGACAGAUCGUGCCCGGGAUGUCUACAGCUCCGUAAAGGACCAAUAUGUCAAUCGCGAAUGGGCUAGUCUUCGCAACUCACCCAGCCAGGAUCAAGUGCUGAGCUGGCUGUUCAGACUGCAGGACAAUUUUCUCUCGAAGGAACGAUGUCAUUACUACACAAUUAACAUCCCAAAGGAACUUAGCGGCGGCGAGGCCCGGCGGCAGGUUGAUCUGAUUGUCAAACGAAAGAGCGGAAAACAAUCAGACACAGCACACGACUGGCGGGACAUUUGGGUGAUUGGUGAGCUUAAAGCAUCUAACAAUGAUGGCGUCAAAAAGACAUUGGUGCAGCUCGCCCGAUACGUGCGAGACGUGUUUGCCUGUCAGCCGACACGUCGGUACCUCCACGCGUUCACAAUCUGCGGCUCUUCAAUGACGACGUGGGUCUUUGACCGCUCAGGAUGCUACAGUCCGGGUAAGUUUAAUAUCCAUGAGCAGCCAGAACGAUUCAUACAGGUGGUUGCUGGUUAUACAAUGAUGAAUGAAGAGGACCUAGGUUUGGACACAUUCACAGAGCAUGACGACGAUCGUCGCUUUAUAUACAUCGGGCAGGAGGGGACCGAGAUGAAGCUGCAGAUGGAACCACAGUUUCUAACCCGUCAACGAGCCAUUGUCUGCCGUGGAACCUCCUGCUAUCUCACAAAAUUCCCAGACUCCAACGACUGGGAUCACGUUGCCAAAUUUUCUUGGACCUCUGACAGACGGAAGCCUGAAGCGGACCUUCUCACAUUGGCAAACCAACGAGGAGUCAAAGGAAUCGUCAGGUUGGUUGGCCAUCGGCCUAUCACCACUAUUAAGGAAAUGCGCUCAGGAAUGAUUUUCACGAAACCCUAUUCUUUCCGUGGCACACCCAGCACCCCGUCGUCCUGCUCACAAUCCUUUUCUCAGCCGCCCAGUGUCAGCUCCCGAUCAGUCAGCGACUUCCAUAGCCUAACCAUCGCAGAGAGUUCCGCAGAGCGUCCGAAGAAGCGCAAGUCAAUCCAUACUGGCCCGAUCUCAAAGCGAUCCAAGCCCAACAGCCAGCAAUCGGCCCCUCAGGAUGAGGUUUCUUACGACGUUGAAGAAGCUCAAGGGACUAGUCUGCUUGCUCCUAGCAACAGUCCAUAUGAUAACCGCAUUUUUCGCUGUCUCGUCAUAUUCCCGGCUGGCCGGCCGAUCCAUAAAUACAAGUCUCUGCUGGAACUUUUGGAAGCGCUCCGUGAUGCAAUCAAGGCACAUAGAUCCCUAUAUUUUGAAGGCAAAAUCCUUCACCGGGAUAUCUCUGAGAACAACAUCAUUAUAACUGAUUCCAAGAAGACUGGUUUUGCGGGGAUGUUGAUUGACAUGGACCUUGCUAAGGAGAUUGGCACCGAGCGAAGCGGCGCGCGAUAUCGCACUGGCACCAUGGAGUUUAUGGCUAUCGAGGUGCUGCUUAACACAGAUCAUACAUAUCGACAUGAUCUUGAGUCAUUCUUCUACGUUUUCCUCUAUCAGUGUGGUCGGCGCGGCUGGGAGUAUGUGAAUAGAUUGAAGAAUCAGCCCUCAGACACAAGGGCCAAGCGAGGUAAUAUGGACGCAAAUGGAUUUGAGGAUAUACUAAGAGAGUUUCCGCCGGAAUUGGACUCUGUCAAACCACUCUGCAAGGAGUUGCGGAGUCUUUUGUUUCCGAUACGUGGUGGCGCGAUUUUCACAGGUACACCAAAGGAUCCAGAGAUUCUGUAUGGGCCGAUCAUCAAUGCUUUUGACAAGGCUAUUGGUGGUAUCAAAGGGAAAGAAUAG